GUAAACAAAUAAAUAUUAGAGUUUGUUUACAUGAUUAUACUACCAUCUAGCGGAAUUUUGAUCCUCUUCCGUACAUCUCAGCUGAUGUCAACUGCAUUGCAGUUUACUCAAAUUCCUUUGCUGCUUGAAAUCAAAAGUGUCUUCAUUUGCAUACCUUAAAAAACCUUCCCUAAUGUGUUAUAGCUUGCAAAGCUGUUGCUGUACAUAACUUAAGUAAUAUUACUUUCAACGCCAACGAAAUAUAAGUUUGAAUAGGAUAACUUUGGCCGAAAAACGACCUUGACAUGCUGCCGAAUACUUGGCCAAUGAAGGAAGCGGCAAUAUCGUUGUGAUUCCAAAUAAUAUGGCUUCGAGGAAUGAUGUCGACGAUGAAGGCCAAGACGAUUUAGCUUGGGUUGAUGAAGGAGACAUCCUUGUUGACCCUCUGGCUGUAGAGGAACUGGUUGAUGAUUCCUUCAACUUUCCCAACCAAGUCUGUAGUCACUGUGAUGGCUAUUAUGGGCCCUGUUUUGGUCAACACGCUUGCACCACCUGCCACCUUUUUCUGUUCCCAGACAACAUCAAUCAACCAGCAGAGGCCAAUUUUAGUGAACAUAAGACAGAUGAUGAAGACUCUGGAAAUGAUGAACCAACUGAUUUGCCAACUGAUUUCAAGGAUAAUGGUUACUGUGGCUCUCAUGGACAAAAUUGUUCCCAUCCAGCCCUCUCACCUGCUGCACCUAGAAGGGCAGAGCCAUAUCGAUGGGCUGUAGCACCCCUCAAAAUUGACAGGCUUGCCGAACAGCUGUCCCUCCUUUCUACCCCAAGACUAGCAGACUCCAUACUGACGGCAGUACAGGCAUUACCCCCAGAAUUGCUAAUGGAGGUAUUUUCGCAUCUGGACGAUAUAUCGUUAUGGAGCGCCUCAAAAGUUUGUAAGAGGUGGCAGCAGCUUGUAGCCGAAUGCAUAACCAACGAUCAAUGGAAUCAAUUCACUUUCCGAAGAUGGCCACUCUUUCGACCCAACUAUGCGGUAGCAGAAUGGGCCGGAGUUUUUUCCAACUUAGUAGAUAGUUCUCCGUGUUUGUAUUGCUUACACCGUUCGAACGUUGAAGAGGAAGGAGCUUGGGAGCCUUCAAAUCACUGGCGUAACAAUCGCCUCUGUAAUGAAUGGCGGAUAUUUUGUACGGAUCCUCCUGAAGGAAUUCGAGCUACCCCACUAGAUCGAGCAUGGAGUCAUUGGCAAGCAUCCAUUACAGGACCGACGAGCAGCCCCUAUGAGGGAGGCGUUUUCUACUUGCACGUUCAGAUUCCACACAGCUAUCCCAUCCGGCCACCUUCGGUACGCUUUGCGACAAAGAUCUUUCAUCCGAAUAUCUCACGACACGGUGAUAUUGGACUGGACUGUAUCCAGCAUAACUGGAGUCUUGCCCUAACCAUAGCCAAGGUGCUUAUAUCGGUACAGAGCUUAUUGACGGACCCUUUUUGCGCCGUGGCCAUGGAGGCUGAUGUAGCCGAGAUGUACAUAAACAAACGAGCCCGUUUUAACGCUGUUGCUCGCAAUUGGACAAGCAAAUACGCCAUGAACGACAUCCGCCGACCAUCUUGAAAAACUGUGACGCUCUGUUGGAUAUCUUGUGUAAUUAGCAAUUGUGCGAAUCAAAGAAGUAGUGUUUCAUCACGUCUAUCAUCAAUACGCAGUCGCCAUUCGUCGACGAAAGAAAAA